CGGAAAUUUUCGUGGAAUUUUUUAUUAUUAUUUAUGAAUUCACAUCAUUUUUAAUAUUCGAUUACUUCAAGAUUUAAUCCGGGACCAAUUUAAUCGUUUCCCUACUUUUUCGUAACGAUAAGAGCUACUUCACACUCGCCACCAUUCUCCUCCCAUUCGAGACGACAGACUAAAACAAAGGUCUAUAAAAAGAAACGAUAGUGGUCAGUUUUCUCUACAGUAACCCCUGAUCAUGUUGAACGUUCUACUGGAUGUUGUCACGACUACACUGGCAAGUGCCAUUAAUUUGGAGGAUUUUAGGCACUGCUUCCUGUGGGCCUUAAUAGUCGGAAUAUGUCUUGCAUUUCUUCUUGGCUUUGGAAUGGGCGCCAACGACGUGGCAAACGCGUUUGGGACAUCAGUUGGAUCAAAGGCGCUCACACUGUUUCAGGCAUAUUGCCUUGCGACAAUAUUCGAGACACUUGGUGCAGUUCUAGUUGGAUAUAAUGUGAUAGACACUAUGCGAAGAGGUGUUGUGGAUGUGGCGGUUUAUAACAAUUCGGCCGGUGAUUUUAUGGUCGGACAGGUCGCUGUUCUUGGUGGAACUGCCACGUGGCUUCUCAUCGCCACUUGCCUCCAACUUCCAGUUUCGACAACUCAUGCAGUUGUUGGUGCGACACUUGGAUUUUCGAUUGCUUGUAAAGGAUUUCAAGGGAUUCAAUGGAUGAAGGUUGUGAAUAUUGUGGCAUCCUGGUUUAUUUCACCGAUUUUCGCUGGAACUGUCUCAUUGAUACUUUACUUGUUUGUGGAUCAUGUUAUUCUGAGAACGUCAAACCCCGUGGCCAAUGGUCUCAUGUGGCUGCCAAUUUUCUACUUUGCGUGUCUCACAUUCAACAUGUUCAUGAUCUCCUAUCAAGGAUCAAAAGUGCUUCAUCUCUCGAAUGUUCCUCUCUGGGCGGCUAUCGUAGUCAGUUUGGGAGCUGGAAUUAUUGCUGCCGCAGUUUGUUAUUUUCUUGUCAACCCAAGGAUAAGAAAAUAUAUUGCAAAAGGAAAAGAAGCUCGCGAGUCUCCCACAUCAUCAGUUGUGAUAUCAGUGACUGGAGAUCCAGAACUUGAUAAGGUUGCAAUUAGAAGUGAAUCUACUACAACAAAUGCCUCGAAUAGUUGUGAUUCUCUACAGACACCUUCACCAUCGGAACCACAAGGAAAAAUUCGAAAAUUCUUCAAAUGGCUCUUCCCGGAUAAGUCAAGAGUUGAAAGCGAGGACACAUUGAGAAUGUUCACAUCAGUGCAGGUCUUGACAGCUUGUUUCGCAGGAUUUGCUCACGGAGCCAAUGAUGUUUGUAAUGCAAUUGCUCCGCUUGUUGCUCUCAUCGCUGUCUACCGUGAUUUCGAUGUUUAUCAGAAAAAGGAGACUCCGAUCACUGUCCUACUCUAUGGAGUUUUUGCAAUUUGCGUCGGUUUGUGGUGUCUUGGACACAAGGUAAUUCGAACCGUUGGUACGAACAUGAGCGAAGUCAAUCCAGCAUCAGGAUUUUGUAUUGAAUUCGGAGCCGCUGUCACAGCUCUUUUGGCUUCUAAAAUGGGACUUCCCAUCUCUACAACUCAUUGCCUUGUCGGUGCAGUUGUUGCUGUUGGAAGUGUGAAAGGAGGAAAAGAAACUGAUUGGAGCCUUUUCCGUAAUGUUGCUUUCUCAUGGGUUGUCACUCUUCCAGUUGCCGGAUUAUUCGCUGCUCUUUACAUGUGGCUUCUUCACUUUACAAUUCCUGCUAGAUACGCGUAGAUUUCUAAUUUCUAAAAAACUUCCCCCCGAUCUCAUACCUUAUUUGUGCUGCACUAUUCAGUCACUUAAUUCAUUCAAUUCAAACACCUGUAGGUCUCAUAUUUUGAUUUAAGUAACACCAUGAAAACUGUAAAAUGAAUUAUAAUGCAUUUCGAUAAAUACAAUGAAGCAUAAAAGACACGUGU